AUGAGAUCAGUCUUUCCGUUAGCUUUGUUUCUCUGUUUGUGCAGCAGACUGUUGGCUGCUUAUGGUCAAGCUUCCUGCCCUCCUGAUUGGACUCAGUUUGGCUCUCGCUGUUUCAAUUUCAACAUCGGGCCAAAGACCUGGCCCGAUGCAGAGACCUUCUGCCAGACCGCUGGUGGGAAUCUGGCUUCCAUCCACUCAGAUGAGGAACAUGGAUUCAUCAAAAACUACAUUAAGCAAGUGACUGGUACAUACAGACAUUCCUGGAUUGGAGGCACUGACGCCAUCCAGGAGGGUACGUGGUUGUGGUCUGAUGGAUCCAAAUUCAACUACAAAAGCUUCUAUGUGGGGGAGCCUAACAACUGUUGUGGAGGGGAGAACUGUCUUGUAAUGAACUCGGGAAAUAACUGGAACGACUUGGCUUGUACCAACCAGGCUUCUUUCGUCUGCUCCAAGAACCUGUGUGUGUAACUCUACCACACCAUCAUGAUGCCUCUCCAGCUCAUCUAUAAUCUCUAUCAUUGAUUCACUUUCAGUUUGUUCAGCAGACAGAAACAGCUCUCUGCUGACAGAUGACUCACUUUCACUUGUUUAUUAUCUGAAGAGUUAGGGAACAGUUCACAUUUGGGUUUAAAAUUAGACAGAAACUGGCUCACUGAGCUGGACAAAAACAUAUCAGUAAUUGGACU